CCACCAGCCAUCCUCACUGGGCGGACAUGCUCUGACCUCCUUCCACCGAAACAUCCGCCAUGCCCGGGACGGACACGAGGCGAGCCUGAAAUGCAUAAAACGCUGCGUCAACCCACUCACGGUGACGGGUAGGUUUCGGUCUCUUGCCCCAGGACUAGCGCUGCCUCCGCGACUGCCCGUGCCUAUUCCUUACUCCACGCAACGGUGGCAGCAUUUGGCUGAGCAACCGUAACUGCCUGUCCUUCCGAGCACUACGCACCAAGAUGAGGCUGCUGAAUACGUGGACAGGUCAAUUUGUGGACAAGGACCCCAAGGAGACCGGAUAUGCAAUCCUAUCGCAUACGUGGGACAACGUCGAACAGUCGUAUCAGGAUGUUCGAUUCAUCCAGAGCUCGUACAACGACCAGGGCCGACUACACCUCCUCGGCUUGCCAGCUCGCCUCGCUCGCAGGCUGGUUCGUAAGUCUUGGGACGUUGGUCAAUCUCUACUUCGCUCAGCAUCGGGGCCAUGUACCAAAGCCCAUCAUUACCUCCGUAGUGGCGUACGGCUGUUAACAAGGCACGGCUCGCGCUCCUCCGGGACCCCCAUGAUAUCUCCCCCUCAGAGCACAUACUCAUCCCCAGUUCAUCGACCGAGUACACCUCGACCAGUGUCUACUCCCAGCGCUGUCACGUCUAUCUGGUCUGAUCCUCGACUGUCGCCGAAGAUCCGAGACGCAUGCAGGGUGGCGCGCGAGGCCGGGCAUCGGUACCUCUGGAUCGAUUCCUGCGGCAUCGACAAGACGAGCAGCUCCGAACUGACCGAAUCCAUCAACUCAAUGUACAAGUGGUACGGCCUCGCGGAGGUGUGCUAUGCCUAUCUUGCCGACGUCCCGUCUGGCGAGGACCCUCGUGCCGACCAAUCCGCGUUCCGUGAGAGCCGGUGGCAUAAGCGCGGAUGGACGCUGCAGGAGCUCAUCGCGCCCUUCGAUGUAGUGUUCCUCGCCGAGGACUGGACGCAGAUUGGAACGAAGCUCGCGCUUGUUGACCUCGUCGAGGAGAUCACGGGCAUCCCUGAGGGGGCUCUGAUACACGCGAAGUCGCUCGACGAGUUUAGCGUGGCCCAACGACUCUCGUGGGCAGCGCAGCGGGAAACGACGAGAGAAGAGGAUCGCGCGUACUCGCUACUGGGGAUUUUCAACAUCAACAUGCCCACGCUCUACGGCGAGGGGGCGCGCGCUUUCCGGCGGCUACAGGAGGAGAUCUUGCGGCGCAUUCCCGACCUGAGCCUCUUCGCUUGGGAGGCCUAUAUCUAUGAGGACUUCGACACAGAUCAUGACCUUAUCCAGGCGCUACAGAAUGUCCGGUGGUUCGCCAUACGGAAGAGAGGGGAAACACCGCUUGACGCACGCAUCAGCAGCUUUGCAAGGGGGGGGGAAGAUCAAAGCCAUCCCUCACGACGACGUGUUCCGUCGGCUAGAGCUCACGGACCUUCCAGCUCCCGAAUACACCUUCACCCCGCACGGCAUCCGCACCAAGCUACCCGUCAUACCGCUUUCCCUUGCACUCCCUCAGCAGCCCGCAGAGCAUGAUGACAAAGAAUCCCACUGGUACCUGGUCAUCCUCGGGUGCGAACACGACGACUACCCUGGCGCUCUUCUCGGGCAGGCCUGCGUCAUCCCUCCCUCUGAGUCUGGCGUGGAAUACUUGUACCAAGGUCUUAUGGCGGUCAUGCCUAUACCACAACGCGGUGCUGUAUGGCCGGACAUCUUCCCCUUGUCGCCGGCAACCAUUGAGCGUUAUCGCGAGCACAUCCAGGUGAAGACCGUGUAUAUAUCUCAGCCGGAGCGUACUACCCCGCUAUCAAGGGAUGUUCUCCGUCGCCCGCACAAGACUCUCAAUCUGGUGCUGUUGAAGGAGACUCGUGAUGCUCUACGUGCCCAAGGGUACACAGCGGAACUCCAAGGGCCGGACGAGGACCAUCCAACCACUUACUGGCUCACGCUUGCCAACGACGACCAGAUGAUUACCGUAGAGUAUCAGUAUACUUUCGAGGGUGAUUACAACUAUCGUCGCUGGUUGCGAAUCAAGGCGACUGUCAGUAUAUUGCGACCCGCUUCUGGCUUAGCCGGAGGAGUGGAAGUGGAGCCGAGCUCUGUGCAGUGGUCGGAUUGGUGUGAUCCAGAUGGGUCAUGGAAUGCGUCGCUGCUCAUAGAGAAAGUUGCCUUCGCUCUCCCGACAAGGCAACUCACCAUGCAGCUCAGCUUCGAUUUUGCGGCGCCGUCGCAUUACUUCCUGCGCGUCGAAGUCGUCACCGAGACGCCGCAGGACACAUCUCCCACGUCGCCCGAGUCGGUCCAGGUAGACGGGCUUCAGGCGUCAGGCGCUGACGAUGAACAGGGCGCGCAGGACAACGAGGCCGAGGGUGCGGGAGGGGGAGGCGGCGUCUGUGGCGUCCUCGACGAUGCACGCGUUGGGAUGCUCGAUUCGGAGGGUGGCGUGGCUGGGCCGGAGGCGUGCCCUAACGGAGAGGCGAGCGGAGCUAGGCAGGCAUCGGACGACGGAAAGGUCGAUCAUGAAUUGGAGGGCGAGGGAGGCGUGUCGACUUGAUGCGACUGCUUGCCGGAUGACUUGAAGGGAGGGUAUGGCCAAAUUCCUGGCGGACCGUUUCGUGUUCGUUGUGCGUUCCUUAGUGCACUAGCAUUGUGUUCUCGUGUUUCUUUCGGAAAAUGGAAAGGAUGUCUAUACGGUUUGUUUGCGCCGUUGAUUUGGUCCUCGACCGACAACCUCACUCUAAUCUUAAGGCGUAAGACUGAGAUGACUUGUAUCGACGAAUGGUAUGAGAAGGCAGGGGGAGGAGAACCUGACUUGUCGGUCGCCGAGACACGCAGCUCGGACAAUAUUCGCAGACGCGGGCGCGGUCACGCUCUCUGCGGAGCGUGACGGGAGGCGUAACGCCUC